AUGUCCCUGACUAUCAACGCUGUUCUCAUCCUUUCUCUUCUGUCCGUAUGUAGUGCUUUCAUGCCGGCUCCAGGAACUCACUCGCUGAGUCGGGGCCUGGCGCCUUUCUCUGCCAAAGUUUCGCAACGGCCCCCUUUCCCAAGGUUGAGAACGCACGGACGCUCGAAGCUCGAGAUGAUGGCCAAGAAGACGUUCAAGGACUUUGAUGAUCUCCUGGCCAGCUCUGAGAAGCCGGUGCUGGUUGACUUCUAUGCGGUAUGGUGUGGCCCGUGUGUUAUCAUGAGUAAGGAGCUCGCGUCGUUGAGCGAAACUAUUGGUGACAAGGUUAUGAUCGUCAAGAUUGAUACCGAGAAGUAUCCCAACAUCACCAACAAGUUCAACGUGCAUGCGCUGCCUACUUGUAUUCUUUUCAAGGAUGGUCAACCAGUCGAUCGCUUUGAGGGAGUGAUGAAGCAAGACCAGCUGAAGGACCGGAUAUUAUCCAAGAUCAAUUAG